GGCCCCGUUCGGACGGCGCCUGAAAAAUGCUGCGGUUUUGGAGGACGCAGAGGAGCUCUACCUUGUCAAAUGCCUCAUCCAUCGUGGAGAUGAACGUGCACAUGGACUGCGACGGCUGCGAGAAGCGUGUGAAGAAGGCCAUGUCCCGACUCCGAGGUGUGAGCUCGGUGGAGAUCGACAUGGACCGGCAGAAGGUGACGGUGACGGGGCGCGUGGACCGGCGGGAGGUGCUGCGCGCGGCGCGGCGGACCGGCAGGGCGGCGGAGUUCUGGCCGUGGCCCUACGACGGCGAGUACUACCCGUUCGCGAUCCAGUACCUGGUGGACGACACCUACGUGGCCUCCGACAGGUACCACCGCCACGGCUACAACGACCCGAUGAUCGGAUCCUACCCCUGCCACGCCUUCACGCACGUCGUCGGCGACGACGUGCUCGCCGUCUUCCACGAGGACAACGUCCACGCCUGCGCCGUAAUGUGA